UAGUACUACACAAUAAACAGUAGUUUCUGCUAGAAAAUAAAAACCUCAUAAAGAUAAGCAUUAUUCAACAAACAAUACUACUAAUUGUUUUUCCAUUCUGAUGAAUAUGGAAAAUCACAAUGAUUCUUCUGAGUUACAUAAUUGGUUUCAAUACAGUGAUCCUUCACACUUUCCUCCUCAAAUUCUACCUCAAAAUAUCUCUGAUUCUUCUUCUGCUUCUUUUCAAUAUAGUGAGUUUCAGCCAUGGAGUAAUUUACCUGUUGAAGGAAGUUUAGAAGAUAGAGCAGCAAGUGCUUCUAAAAGUCAUAGUCAGGCAGAGAAAAGACGCAGAGAUAGAAUCAAUACUCAGCUUGCUAAUCUCAGAAAACUUAUUCCUAAGUCUGAUAAGAUGGACAAAGCAGCUUUACUAGGGAGUGUAAUAGAUCAUGUCAAAGACCUAAAGCGAAAAGCAAUGGAUGUUAGCAGAGUGAUCACAGUUCCAACUGAAAUUGAUGAAGUAUCAAUAGACUACAACCAUGUAAUUGAAGACGAAACCAGCACUAACAAAGUGGACAAAUUAAAGAACAAUAUCAUCAUCAAAGCUUCUGUUUGCUGCGACGAUCGACCCGAACUGUUCUCCGAACUAAUUCAAGUCCUCAAAGGGUUAAGACUUACAACAGUUAAAGCAGACAUAGCAAGUGUUGGUGGCAGAAUCAAAAGCAUAUUGGUGCUUUGUUCUAAGGACAGUGAAGAGAAUGUUUGCAUCAACACUCUCAAACAGUCCCUCAAAUCAGCAGUGACCAAAAUUGCUUCAUCAUCAAUGGUAUCUAAUUGUCCUACUAGAAGUAAGAGGCAAAGGUUCUUUUUGCCUUCACAUUUCGUAUAGUAAAAAUUUUAUUUUGUCUUCACCUCCUUUUUUUUAUUAGGAGGGUCAUAGUGGGGGCAAUUCUUUGUUUGGUUUUUGAAUAAUUAUUAUAUACUUAUUAGGUAUAUAGUUUGUUCAUUAGGGAGAUGAAAUGUUGGUCUUGUACCACCAAUUAAGGAAAAGAAAAAGUUAAAGUGGGAAAUUGAAAGCAAGCAUAUGCAUAAAGUUAAGAAAUCAGGUGUGUGAUCACUUUCUGCUUCCAAUUGGAAAAGUAAGCAAGAGACUUGAUUUUAGAUCUCAACUACUGCACUAUGAAAUGCUUACUUAGACACGAACAUGUAUGCAAAUCUAUUAAAAAUUAAUAUAUCAAUGAAGUGUAUGCAAAUCUACAAAUUUAAAAAAAUAAAAAUAAAGAUAAGAGUCGAGAAUUAAACACUGAUAAAUUGUUUAUCUAGUUCGAUCUAAAAUAAUCUACUUUGAAGAAGAGAAUAAAUCUUUGAUCCAUUACUAGUCAAGAAUUACUAGUCAAGAAUUCCAAUAGUAUUAUUAUAAAUGAGAUAUAAAAAGUUAGUUUAACAGGUUCAUAAGACCGCCUCCUAAUUGUUGAGGAAUAAAUGUGAGUUGAGAAAGUUCGAAAUUGCUUGAAAAAUUUGAGAUUGAACAUUUUAUAUGUGAGAGGACUCAUACACUCAUUGCUUUAAGGUUUUGGGUGAAUAUGUAACGUCUCUCUCACUUGUUUGGAUGAGUCUUUGACCUUUAGGGAAGCGUUUGACUCAAUGUAAAUGUCUCCCUUUCAUGAUGACCCAUCAGUACGUGGUAUCAGAGCAAAUAUUUCGAUCAAGGAAGAAAAUCACAGGUUUGUUAUCAUCUUAUCUGACUUUAGUUUUUUUUUUAUAAAUAUUAUGGCUACAUUGAAGUUGGAUAUUCCUUUAUUUGAUGAAAGAAUGGGUUUCCCCUUAUGGUAAUGCACAAUACAAGACUAUUUGGUUCAACAAGGUCUUGAUUGAUUGUGCUUUGGAAAAGGAAAAACCGUGAGAUGAAAGAAUCAGAUUGGAAUUCAAUACAAAAAAGGCAGUGAGUACAAUUCGAUUGUGAAGCAACUGGACAAAUCAAAACAAUAAAAUCGCCAUCGAGUAUUUAUUUAUUCCACGAGAAGGGAAAGGAAAACACUGAAGAAAACCUAUAAGGAAAAAAACAAGGUCUCGCGACCAAGAGAAAGGAUAAGGGAGUCAUUUUUUUUAGCAUAAAUAUUACAACUGCAUUUUAAAUCCAACACUCUCUAUGAAGCAUGUGAAAGGUAAAAUUUAAUGACUAAAUGUUGUCCUCCGUAGAAAAUUGAUUAUUUGGUGCAUGUACAAUAAUUUACAAAAGCUCUUCGUGCAGAAACAAGAUUACUAUUGGAUGCUUAGUUGAAGGCACGAUGUUAACCAAGUCUACCACGAUGGUUAGAGGAUAAAUCGAUAGCAUGGCCCAGAAUGAGUUUUGGGUGAUAUUAACUAUGUUAAUAUAAGAAGAGGAAACAAAUCAACUUAUUCGAAAAAGAAACUUAAUUGUAUUUAUCAUUAUAUUUGUUAAUUAUUAGUCAACUCUUUAGUUUUACAAUUAGGUACAUAAACCAAUAAAUUGCGUUAUAUGUUCCCCUUUCCCCUAUUACGCUUACA